AUGUUGAGUUCUCGAGUAACAGUCACAAGGAAUACCGUUUCGUAUAUGGAAAUCACCUCCAAGCACACCAAUUUCGUUACCGCCAAAGCGAAUGUGCAAAAUUUACCUGAAUCAUUUGAUUGGCGCGAGAAAGGCGGUGUCACACCACCCGGAUUUCAAGGUUUCGAUUGCGGUUCGUGUUGGUCGUUCGCCACUGCGGCGGCGCUCGAGGGUCAUCUCUUUCGCCGCACUGGCAUACUGGUGCCACUUUCGCAACAGAAUCUGAUCGAUUGCGCCGAUGAAUAUGGCAAUACGGGCUGUGAUGGUGGUUUCCAGGAGUAUGGUUUCGAAUAUAUACGCGAUCACGGCAUUUCGAUAGCAAACAAUUACCCGUACACACAAAUGGAGAAUGCGCAAUGUCAUCGCAAUGAAACAGGUAAAGGUGUACAGAUACGCGAUUAUGCGCGCAUUAAGCCGGGCGAUGAGGAGAAAAUGAAGGAGGUCAUUGCGACGCUGGGUCCAUUGGCUUGCUCCAUCAACGGUGCGGCGAUAUCCUUCGAACAAUACAUGGGCGGCAUUUAUGAUGAUACUGAAUGCAAUCAGGGCGAAGUUAAUCAUUCAGUGGUGGUUGUGGGUUAUGGCACUGAGAAUGGUCGUGACUAUUGGAUUAUUAAAAAUUCGUACUCGGAGAAUUGGGGUGAAGGCGGAUUUAUGCGACUAUUGCGAAAUGUGAAUAGUUUUUGUGGCAUCGCCAGUGAGUGCAGCUAUCCGAUACUGUAGACGGGAGUAGGAGACAAAGUUAUUUAAAUUAUGCAAAUUUGAGUUAAUGAGAUGAGUAUUAUAUGUCUUGCUUGAUAUUAAAAUAAUUUGUAGCAAACUUUUUAUAUUUCUUUAAGCUGUAAGUAAAUGUUUUUAUGACACA